AUGGAGACAGGCGACCAGAACGCCAAGAAGCCGAGGCUGGAGCCGCCGCGAAGCAUCCGGGUCAAGCAAGAAGUCGCCGAGCAUGAAGGAACCGGCGGUGAAGGAGGAGGAGCAGAAGACGGCGAAGGAGAAGGGGGACAAGGCGGCGCGGAGGUCGUCGGUGCAGCGACGGAAACAGGCAGAAGGGUGGAGGGCGCCGUCAAGAUGGACAUGACUCUGCUCCAAUGCCCACUCUGCUCCAGCCCCCUGAGGCCACCCGUCUUCCAGUGUAAGGCCGGCCAUUUGGCCUGCGGUGGCUGCUGCACCGAGUCGUGCCGGAGGUGCGACCCGCACGGUGGCGGCAGAUUCGACGUCCGCAACACGGCCAUGGACGCCGUGGUCUCGGCGGCCAGGGUCCAGUGCCCGCAUGGAGGCUGCGAGACGUACAUCGCCUACCACGAGCUCGACGACCACCGCGCCGCGUGCCCUCACGCGCCCUGCUUCUGCACGGAAUCCGGGUGCGGCUUCGCCGGCCUCGCACCAGCGCUCGCGGCCCACCUCUCUGCCGAGCACGCCUGGCCCACGCUCACGGUCCAGUACGGCAAGGUCUACCGCCACCAGGUGCUUGUGCCGUCACAGCUGGUGCUCGUCGGCGGCGGGGACGACGGCGGCGGGGUGUUCGUCCUUACCGCGGGCGCUCUCGGCGGUGCCACGGCCCUGUCGGUGGUGUGCGUCCGGGCGAGCGCGGCACCGUGGCCGCGGUACACGUGCAAGAUGUGGGCCAACUUCACGGCGGUAGGCCGGGCGAACGGCCACAAGGCCAAGGUGGGGGUGGUGGACAUGAAGUUGGAGAGCAGCACGUCGCCCGGCGCGGUGGUCGCCGUGGACGAGCUGGCGUCGUUCUUGACGGUGCCGCCCAGGUAUCUGGUUCCAGCGGCCGGGGUGGCGUCCAUGGUGGUGCCGCUCAGCAUCCGCAUCGACAGGAGCUCCUCCUCCUCCUCCUAA